AUGGCCAACGGGAGGGAGUAUUACAUGUACAAAGGUUACACUUACUGCUUCGGAUUUAAAUCGCGCAGUGUUACCUUUGCCCAGUCGCAGAGAGGCGGUCGGUUGCUAGUGUUUCAAGGGUAUUCCUACAGCUUGCAGAAGAUACAGCACGAAGUGAUACAAUGGAGGUGUACGAUGGUUCAGCCUGGCACAGCAAGGAGGUGUACCGCGAAGGUUUUUACCGGCGUUCACUACGAGAUAAUUGACCACUCCGGCCGCCACAGCCACGGGAAGCCGCGUUUUAUUAAACGCAAUGGUAUUCUUGUAAGAGUUUAUUGA